UCAGUCGUAGGCAGGCAGUGGUUUGGAGUGCUGUGUUGAGUGCGCGUCGUGUGUCUCGUGCGCUUGCAAGAAACUGAAAAUUCAGGGAACGCCGGUCUGGAUUACGGAGACGAUCGGGUGCAAGUAAUGGGCAGCCACUAAGUGAUUUUGGAUGCUGUCAGAAAUGAACAUCACAUUAGCUCAUUGAAUGGGACAUACGGAUCGCGCCUUCUAGAUACCUGUCGAAAAUCUGCACGUUGCACUCCACAAAACAGACGACGCUGCACUUCGAAACUUCGCUUUCCUGGCUGGUCCUUUAGUUCCAAGGACAGCCGGUCUCCCGUGACGGGCGAAAGGUAGCGGGACGGUGCGUCGCAGGAGUGCCCGCGGGACAUGCUCUGGAGUUCCCUGGUGCCCGCCUGACCUCCCGCCUGCUACACCUGCGCAGCAACGAGUUUGAUGAGGCUGACGAUGGACCCCCUGGAGCAGGCGGGCGAGUGGCUGCGAGGCGACUCGCUGCCGCGCUGGAGCAGCACGCAGCCCAUGCAGCGCCUGCUCGACUACAGCGCCUCUGGCGAGCUGCGCAAGCACUCCACCAGCCCCUUCCCCUACAGCCCCGAAGUCAACCAAAGGGUGGUGCUCUGGAAUGGGGAUAUUACAUCUUUGAAUGUGGAUGCUAUUGUCCAUUCAACAAAUGAAUCGAUGAAUGAAAGAAAUCCAGCAAGCGACAGGUUAUUUGCUCGAGCUGGUCCUGGUCUCAGGGAAGAAAUAUCUACAGAAAUAAAAGAAUGCCGCACAGGAGAAGUACGUGUAACUCAGGGAUACAAUCUUCCAGCACGAUUUAUCAUCCAUACUGUUGGUCCAAAAUACAAUGUUAAAUAUCAGACUGCAGCAGAAAAUACAUUGCAUAGUUGUUAUCGAAAUAUUUUACAAAAGGCUUGUGAGCUGAAUAUUUCUUCACUUGCUCUAUGUGUAGUGAACUCUGUUAGAAGAAACUACCCACCUGAUGAAGGAGCUCAUAUAGCAAUACGUACAGUGCGCCGCUUCUUAGAAAAACACCACAGCUCUCUGGAAACUGUAAUUUUUGCUGUGGAGAACACAGACCUCGGAAUUUAUGAGGUUCUGCUGCCUCUCUACUUCCCACGAUCCCUCCAAGAAGAGGAGAAUGCUUUAUGGCAACUGCCAUCUGAUGUUGGUGGAUUGUAUGGAGAACCUGUAUAUCCAGACAGGCAGAUACGCAUCAUUGACAAUCCACAACAUUCACUGGAUCCUGAUGAUUCGAUAGACCUAAGUUCCCACAUGGAUACCACCAUAAGUGUGGGGGAGCACGCCUUUAGCCAAAUGCAGGGAGACCUCGACCAGCAGCGGCUCCUGGGCGAGCGACCACAGUCUGAUCCUCUAGGUGACCUCAUGGUUAAAGAAAUGCAGAACAAAGAGAGGUACGAGCGACUGCUCCGACGGGCCAAAACAGAGGAUCUGUCUGAGGUAUCAGGCAUUGGAUGCCUCUACCAGAGUGGCGUUGACCGCUUUGGUAGACCUGUUAUAGUAUUUGUUGGCAAAUGGUUUCGCUUUAAGGAAAUUAACCUUGACAAGGCACUGCUAUAUCUCAUCUACCUGCUGGAUCCAUUAGUGAAGGGAGAUUACAUAAUAGUGUACUUCCAUACUUUAACAUCAACUGCUAAUCAUCCUUCUUUGACAUGGCUUCGAGAAGUAUACAAUGUGCUGCCUUACAAGUACAAGAAAAAUCUGAAAUCAUUUUACAUCGUUCAUCCCACAAUUUGGACAAAGAUGAUGACAUGGUGGUUUACAACAUUUAUGGCUCCAGCCAUCAAGCAGAAGGUCCACAGCCUUCCUGGUGUAGAAUACCUGUACAGUGUAAUGUCCCCUGACCAAUUAGAGAUACCAGCUUAUAUUACAGAGUAUGAUAUGUCGAUUAACGGCCUAAGAUAUUUUCAGCCUGAGUCACCUACAUAGAUAGAUGCCAAAUGCACAAGCUGAAGAGAACUGUUGAAUUCAAAAUGCAGUGCCCCAUAUAGCAGAACAAAAAUGUAGUGAUAAAAUGAGCUUCAUAAUAUUUAGAACUUUAGCCAGAAUGUUUUAAAGCAGUGAAGAUUUGUUAUCAACCUCCAAGGAGUAUAUGGGCUGAAAGUGGUUAUAAAAGUUGUUAAAUUUUUGUGUCAUUCUACUGCCAUGACGUGUUAAUGGUAUUUAUUCUCAAACUAAAUACUGAGAAUCAAAUGACUGACAGCGUGAACUCCAUUUUAAUGAAUUGUAUGUUCUUAUUCUAUACAGAUGUUUCAUAUGUUGAUAAGUGGGAGCACUAAAAUUGUUAAUCUUAAAUUUUCACUAGAGAUAUCCGUAAAAUGUGCCAUCAAGUAGUUCAGCCAAUACAACAAAAGUUUAUGAUUAAUAACAAAGUGCUGGUGUUCAGGCAAUAAGUUUUAUGAUUUAUCAGUGACAUGUAGUGAAAAGUGGAUUAACAAUAUUUUUAAUAAUAUCAUAAAAAUCAAAAUAGAUGCCAGUAUUUACCACAGUAUCAAUUUUUAUUUUCAUGUUAAACAGGGAGGAUUGUUAAAUGUAGUAUUGAAUAAUUAAGAUGUUGACGAGUGAGUGGCUUACUUUCCUGUGCUUGUUGUAUGAGGAGAUAUGUUAAGAGAUGUAAUAACAUUAUGAAUGUUUUAUGGUAAUUUUUAUUUUAUAUUUUGUACAAUUUUGUAACCAUUAAAUAGCAUCACUAAUGAUGUACAAGUGAAGAACUAUGUUUUACAAGUUAAAGUUGUCAAGUGUCUCUCAGGGCACUACUGCAGCUGUUGUUGAAUAUUUUGUGCAUUAGAAAAAGGUACAAAAAUACUGUUUAGUAUUUUUAUACAGAUGCACGAUUUAUUGUGUUUUGAAAGUGUAAAACAAGUGUUAAAUGUUGAAAAUCCUGUGGCCUUCCACGUGGUUCCACAAUAGAUACAACAAUUUUUACUAGAGAAUUCGUUUAAAAUAUAUGCUGCCUUUAUUCAGAAAUAGUGCCUGUUAUAUUCGCCGAUAACAUCUAAUUACAGGUGAAAACAAUCAAUAAUCAUUGCAAUAAUCUGAGACUGACUGUAUUUCUCUUUGCAGAAAAUAUUUAUGGGCUGAAUUGAGGGAAACUGUUAGUAUAUAUUACAUAUGCUUUACUUGUUAAAUGCACUUGACAUCUUGAAAUGAUAUGCACUAUUUCCAGAUGUCAGUAUUGCCUUUUUCAUUAAUAAUGUUCAGUUAGAGAAUAACAGCCCAAAAUAAAGGAAAAAUGUGAUAUCUGUACAUCAAUUUCAACCAGAAAAUUCUGACAAUUAUUAAAAAAAACAAAAAUGCUUAUUGUACUAUACGAAUAGCCGUGCCACAGUUUCAAUAAAAAAUAACAAUGGAUCUAGAUUGUUAUCAAUCACAGAAUUCACAAUAAAGACUACUCCAGAUUUGUUGAAA